GCAUUAUGGAGAAACACAAAACUUCAACAAGUGAAAUAUAUCUAGGAGACUUGGAUUCUCAAUUGAAGAAGAUGCAAGCAGAUGGAUCCUUGUAUACCCUUUCGAAGGCCAACCAGAUCAAGAACAAUAUAAGAAACAACAACUCUUCAAAGAAAGUGUCUAUAAAUGACUUCAGCAAAUAAAAUGUAUCAGAAGUCUAGGGUUCAGAGCAAAAGAGGAGUCGCUAAGCAGCAUUCAAACAAAGCUUCAGCAAAUACGAGCAGGAAGAACCUGACUUACAAGUCAGACUUGAAGUCUAAGUCUAAAGGCUUACAAGAGAGCUAUUCUUGCCAAACUGGAUUUUCAUUAAAAUAACAAUCCUAAAUAUGCUGAUCCUGCCGAGAAGAAAAUUACUCAGAAGCCUCAAGGAAAAGUAAGAAAAGUUAAGCCUAGUAAAUCUAAAAAAGCUGAGAAGCACAGAAAGAAUCAUCUGACUCAUUUACUAAGGAAUGAUCCGAAGAGAUUUCGUAUUUUGGCAUUUGCUCAAGCAAUAGCAGCUACUCGAAUCCAGAGAUGAUUUAGAGCUUAUAAGGAUUCAAGGGAAGAGCGAGAAAAGAAAAAGUUUGAGGAAGCUCAACUCCGGAUUAAGACUAACUAUGCUAAAGCAGUUAUUAGAAAGUAUUCCCUCAUCUUCUUGUUAGCCAGAAAAGAGAAGAAAGAGUGGCUUGAAUACCACCAAAUUUAUUCCAUGAAUGAAAUAGUUUAUAUUCAAACUAAAUGGAGAGCAUUGAAGUCAAAACCUCCUAAACUCAACGUAAAGAGAUUCAAAGGUGUGUUCUAUGCAGCCCUCCUUGGGUGGAGAAUCAGGAGAAUCAUGUCAUAUUUGAAAUCAAUUCCUGAGAUCCGUGAGGCAUUUGAUUUCGCUAGGUUGAAAAAUGACUGAGAGAACAACCCAACAGAUACUUUUAGUCAAAGAAUAAUCGCCCAAUUUCCUCAGAAAAUGCUAUGUUUCCAUGAGAAAUUUGACGAUUUAUCUGAAAAUGCUAUCUGGAUUAAAAAGCCAGUAGGCAACCUUCAGAGUAAGCCGAAGAAACCAUUUGUUAAGGCUAAUUCAAGAAAAGACAACAAUUUCUGUAAAACUAUGAAGCCUAGUAGAGGAACUCAGAAGAAAGAUGCUAAGCUUGUUGGGUCAAAGGCCCAAUCUUUCAAGAAGCCAAGGAAACAUAUUACCACAAAUCUUGAACCAAACAACCCACCUAAGACUAAUAGGAAGAAGCCGCUUGAGAAGCAGCCAAAACAAACAUUUAAGUUGAGUAAAAUCAACUCCAGCAAUAGCCUGUUUAAUAAUUCUGGUGGUAAUAGUAAGGUUACUCCCCGCGAGGAGGUUUUCAUUCAUGUUGAAAGCUCUCACAAGACAAAUAGCAAAUUGAGGUCCCCUAAUGUACACCUCAAAGACUCUAAGAAGAGAGAUUUUUCAACCCCUAAAGGACUCAGCUUCGGACUCCUUGCCAAGAAAAAUGCAAAAGAUAAGAAAAUGAAGAUUCAUAAGCAAGAUCAGUUUGAUGAUUCACCAAAGAUUGAAGCAAGAAGACCUGUCAGAACCUUAUUGGACGCAAUGCCAAGUCCUAAUAAUUUUAGAAAAUCUCAAGAUGUGCAAGUAUACUCGUCAUUCAGAGACCAUACAGAGAAAGAUCCUACGAUAUCUGUUCAUAAGAUAGACCCAAAGCCAUUCGAAUCUUCUCAUAAUUUGCAGUUUGGAAAAAUGAAAAAAGAGAUUAUUAGAAUUACUCCACUUCAAGAGAGAAGAAGUCAGACGAGAAGACUAAGAGCCAGCACAAUUACCCGUGAAGAAGGUGCCAAGCCAAUGAAGAACUCGAUAAGCUUGGUAUCUCCAAAUGUUGAACCUGAAGACAAGGAUAUUGUUAAUUUUACAGCAAUAAGGCCUGAGAAAGAAGCAAUUAAAGUAAUAGAGGUUGAAGAAAAUGAGCAAAUCUCAACUUAUUCUCUCUUCACUAAGAUUAUAACAGGAGCUCUCGAGAGACUUGGAGGGGACGACCAAUUGCAGCUAGCUUGACUUGAAGAGUGUAAGAAUAUAAUAAAACUCAAAAAUAAGGAUAAAAAGAAAAGUAUCUCCAAAAUGCAUGGGUCAAAAUUGAAAUCUCAUCUGAAGAAACCUCUAGAUCAAAAACAAGCAGCUCAGAAUUACGAAAUCAUUAAAACAGAACUUGAGAACGAAUAUAAUGAUUUAUUAAUAACAGAGUAGAUUCAAUGUAA